CCUUAUUCAAGAUGUACAGAAAGUUGCUCCCCGGGUUAUGCCAAGCUUGUGAGAGAGGGAGCCCCAGUUUGCUGCUACGAGUGUUCUCUGUGUAUGGAAGGAACAUUCUCUGAGCAAGAAGAUGCAGCCCAUUGUGAAAAGUGUCCAGAUGACCAGUAUUCCAAUAAGAAGCGAGAUCAGUGUGUCCCCAAAAAUAUAAGCUUCUUAUCCUAUCAAGAAUUGUUGGGACUCAUCCUGGCUUUCAUUGCCAUCGCUUUGUCCCUAAUCACCGCCUUUAUUCUGGGAAUCUUCAUGAAAUACCGAGACACUCCCAUAGUCAAAGCCAACAACUGUGAACUCACCUACAUCCUCCUGGUUUCACUCCUGCUUUCUUUCUUGACCUCCCUUCUAUUCAUCGGUCGCCCCAUGAAAAUGACCUGUCUCCUUCGACAAACCAUUUUCAGUAUUGUUUUCUCAGUUGCUGUGUCUUCCUUGCUGGCCAAGACUGUCAUGGUGGUGGUGGCCUUUCUGGCCACAAAGCCAGGCAGCAGCAUGAGGAAAUGGCUGGGCAAGAGUCUGGCCAACUCUAUUGUUUUAUCCUGCUCUGGUGUUCAAGUAGGCCUCUGUAUGAUGUGGCUGGGAGUCUUUCCCCCAUUCCCAGAUUCUGACUUUCAUUCCCAACCAGAACACAUCCUGCUGCAGUGCAAUGAAGGCUCUGUCACCAUGUUCUACUCUGCUCUUGGCUACAUGGGUUUUUUGGCUGCCAUCUGUUUCUUGGUGGCAUUUCUGGCUCGAAACCUGCCAGGGGCUUUUAAUGAAGCCAAACUGAUCACCUUCAGCAUGUUGGUUUUUUGUAGUGUUUGGAUCUCCUUUGUUCCCACAUAUCUGAGCACCAAGGGGAAAUACAUGGUAGCCGUGCAGAUCUUCUCCAUCCUGGCCUCUGGCCUGGGUUUACUGGGCUGCAUCUUUAUCCCCAAAUGCUACAUUAUUAUCCUGAGACCUGACAUGAACACCAAAGAACAUCUCAUGAUAAAAAAUCAUUAGGUUUCUUUAUUUUGAUGUUUAUUUUUGUACAUUUACAUGCAGCAUGAAAUCACUUACUUUGAAGUAAUGUUUCAUGUGUUGUUGCUUAUCUUUCUUCAUUCCAUGCGAAAUUUUUAUUAUAAUAAUUGAGUAGUAAAAUUGCUAAAACAACUCAAACUAUUUGAAAUAAUCAUAUCCUUCAAUUGUCAUAAUCUGAGUUCAUAUUAUGACAUUAAUAAAAUUUCUGAAACCAAGCCAGUUAAAUUGUGACCAGAGAUGUUCUAAUAUGGUUUUAGAUUAAAUUAAAGACUAUGGCUAUUUUUUAAAAAAGUUUUUUUUUAAAUUUUUUACACAAACACACAUACAAACAUACAAUGUAUUUUUUCUGAACAGAGUAUUUGGCCAGUUGACAAAUUUAAACAGUUUUUAGUCAUUUCAACUAAAUUACAAUUUCUAUACUUCCUUUUUGCCAUAAUAUUUAUUCUCUCUAUUUUUAAAAAAAAAAUA